AUAGGUCCGGUGCCCAGGAAGGGCGGGGAUUGCGCCCGGUCCCGGAAGUUGGAAGCUUUGUGUCCGGGAGGGAGGCUUCCGUGACGGACCGCGAGCGGAGGUGGAUUCCUGCUUGUCUUUGAAAUGCAGUUAACACAUCAACUAGACCUAUUUCCUGAAUGUAGAGUGACUCUCCUAUUAUUUAAAGAUGUAAAAAAUGCUGGAGCCUUGAGAAAAAAGGCCUUGGAAGGCACCUUUGGUGGCUCACUGAUAAAUCCUACAGUGAUUGUCGAUCCAUUUCAGAUACUUGUGGCAGCAAAUAAGGCAGUUCACCUCUACAAACUGGGGAAAAUGAAGACAAGAACUCUAUCAACUGAAGUUAUUUUCAACCUUUCCCCAAAUAACAAUAUUUCAGAGGCUUUGAAAAAAUUUGGUAUCUCAGCAAAUGAUACUUCAGUUCUAAUUGUUUACAUUGAGGAAGGAGAAAAACAGAUAAAUCAAGAAGACCUAAUCUCUCAAGUAGAAGGUUAUCAGAUUUCUCUGGAAAAUCUUCCUGAAAUAACAAAUAUUACAGAAGUCAAAAAGAUAUAUAAACUGUCUUCACAAGAAGAGAGUAUUGGGACCUUAUUGGAUGGUAUCAUUUGUAGAAUGUCAACAAAAGAUGUUUUGUGAAAUGUGUUCAGUAUCAACAGAAAGUUCCAGCAUUAAAGAAACGUUGAUUCUUGUUUAGCAAGCACAAGACCUUUAAUGCAAACCCCAGUAUCACCAGAAACAAAAGAAAAGUUAAAUUUUCUUUCCUGGUUCAAAAUUAAUGUAUGUUGAUUAAAAAAAACACACA